CACUUUCAGCCAUGUGACCAAAACAGAAACAUGGCGGUCUAUACUGCAGUCCGGUUGAGUACGGGGAUGACUUUGAGACUUUCACAAGUUAUACCGGACUGUAGCACAUGUCCACUGUACAGGUUAAAGGCCUGUGUGAACAGUGUAGCUAAUUUACAAAAGAGGGGUUCUUUUGAUAACUUAAGUACGAUAAAUCGACAUUUGCAGACUAGUAUAGGUCUUCGCCGCUGUGAGGAGGGCAGCUCCAAUGCAGAAGACCCAGAGGAUGUGGUAAAUGUGGUGUAUAUAGAUCGGUCUGGUCAGAGGAUCCCAGUUAAAGCCAAAGUUGGAGAUAAUGUCAUGUAUCUGGCUCACAAGCAUGGAAUUGAGCUGGAAGGAGCCUGUGAGGCAUCAUUGGCCUGUUCAACAUGUCAUGUCUAUGUGAGUGAUGCCCAUUUUGACAAAAUACCAGAGCCUGUUGAGCGGGAGGACGACAUGCUGGACAUGGCACCCAUGCUUCAGGUGAACUCGCGGCUGGGAUGCCAGAUCAUUCUCACUCCAGAGCUGGACGGCAUUGAGCUCACCUUGCCCAAAGUCACCAGGAACUUCUACGUGGAUGGCCAUGUUCCCAAAUCUCACUGAGAAGAGGCAUUCACAAUGAGGAGGCGGACUGGAACAAAAUGAGAGUGCUUCACUGCGAGCUUGACAACAUGUGUACUGGAUGAGUGAGAGGGCGACCGUGAAAAGAUGCACGGCUAGGAUACUAAAGCCUGCAGCACCUCUCAAGACAUCUUACUGAUGUACAGAUUCCACAGUUAACCAGUGACAAGACAGGUCUGUAGGUGAGGUCACAUAGGGACAGAUGCUGUGAGUCUUAUCUAAGAUGAAAUUGUUACUUCUGGAAGUAACAAUAAAAAAUGGUUACUUAUACAAACAACUGAUGGUUUAACUGAUCUAUUUAAAAAUGUGAGCAGUUCUCAGUUACCAUUCAGUAUCAUAAGCUAGUCUUUGUUAAAACACCACAGCAUUUGAGAGAUUUUAUAUUUGUGGUGCACAUUGUAGACCAAUUUUUAACAAAGUCCAAUGUUAAAUACAGCAUUCCUUGUUACAACUCAUAUGCACAAGUAUCACAAAAUAAUGUUCUCAGUCAUUUUGGCCGCUCCAUCAUUAUCACCCUCUGUCACUUGUCCGAUGUUGUACACGUAGCAUUUACUUUGAUUUUUAUGAGCAAAGCUCAUUUGUGUCUGUUGCAGUGACUCAUCAAUCAGUAUUCACUGACCUAUAGCUGGCUCUAAAUCAUGAACCUGAGAGUUUUCUUCAGCAUGGUACUAGAGAAGUGUUGGACUCAACCAGUCCUACAGAAGCCAGGUAGAAGAAGGAGAAAUAUCCUAACGAUGUGAAAGACAAACUGACUUAAAGGGUGUGAUUUAUCUAACCAAAAAAAAUCAGAAUUUAGACAGAUGGAGCUUAGAUUUCAUUAAG